AUGUCUCCGUCAUCCCAAACCACUAUAAUUCCUCAUUCACAGGAGCCUUUGGUUACCUACCAAUACCCCUCCGUACCUGAGCUGGAUGAAUUGGUAGUGCGAUCCGGAAAGGCCCAGAAAGGAUGGAAGAAUGUGUCAUUGGAAGAUAGGCUGAAGAUUGGUCGAAAGUUUGUCGAAGAAUUUAAGGCAAUGGAUAACGAUAUCCCGCUUGAGCUCACGAAACAGAUGGGCCGUCCUGUCUCUCAAAAUCCUGGUGAAAUUCGUGGAACUCUAGAGCGUGCAAAUUACAUGCUCUCUAUUGCCGAGAAAUCGCUAGCCCCUGUUGAAUUGAAAGACACGGAUAAACCAGGCUUCAGGAGAUAUAUCAAACGUGAACCAUUGGGAGUUGUAUUUGUUAUCGCGCCUUGGAAUUUCCCAUUCUUAACCUCGAUCAAUUCAGUUCUUCCGGCGAUCAUUGCGGGCAAUUCAGUUAUCCUCAAGCCUUCUCCACAGACGCCACUCACUGCUCACCGGCUUCAAAGUGCUUUUGAGAAGGCUGGACUCCCUGCGGACGUGUUUUUGGUCACGCAUCUUUCGCCCAAGCUCACUGCUCAUCUUGUCGAACAUCCCAAGGUCGACUUUGUGAGCUUUACCGGUAGUGUCGCAAAUGGAAAGUCUGUGGCUCAAAGUGCUGUGAAGAGCGGGUUUAAAGGAGUUGCCCUCGAGCUUGGAGGCAAAGACCCUGCCUAUGUUCGAAGCGAUGCAAACCUAGAUUACACCGUUGCGGAACUGGUCGAUGGUGCCUUCUUCAAUUCCGGCCAGAGCUGCUGCGCGGUAGAGCGUAUCUACGUCCACGAUUCCAUUUACGAUAAAUUCGUUUCGGCGUAUGCGGAUCAAGUCAAGAAAUACAAAUUGGGAGAUCCCACUGACGCAACCACUAAUCUCGGGCCUGUUGUUUCGGUCGCUAGUGCUGAUCGCAUCAGGAAGCAAGUGGAUGAUGCGAUCAAAUCAGGGGCCAAGGCUCUUGUUCCUCAAGACCUCUUCCCUGUCGCCAAGCCAGGGACCACUUAUGUUGCGCCUCAGGUUCUAGUCAACGUGGAUCACACAAUGGACGUGAUGAAGGAAGAAACGUUCGGCCCUGUGGUCGGGAUCAUGCCGGUUGCGUCCGACGAGGCCGCCUUGGAGCUCAUGAACGAUUCUCCAUAUGGCCUGACUGCGUCCAUCUGGACGUCUGAUAAGCCUGAGUCUGAGGCCGCCUUUUUGAAAUUAGUCGAUCAGCUCGAAACUGGCACUGUAUUCCUCAAUCGGUGCGACUACCUUGACCCUGCGCUUGCAUGGACUGGAGUCAAGGAUAGCGGGAGAGGUGUGAGCUUGAGUAAAUUUGGCUACGAUCAACUUACUCGCGCUAAAUCCGUUCAUAUGAAGAUUGUUACAUAA